CAGUCUGCAUUUACCUGCUUUCAAACAUGGCGACCGAGGGCACGUAGUAUUUUGUUUUGGGCUAAAAUAUCAAGGAUUUCCUAACAUUUUGACCACAUGCAAGCUAUUUGGUUACCAGAAAACCCUCACCGUGUCGUCAUUACUAUUUUGUCUUGCACGUUAAGUUGUCUUCACGAGUAACGCGGAGAUGUAUCGUCGCGGAGCGGCGAAGAAAGACCACAAAAACAAACCGGUGAAGAAGGAUGUGAGCGACAGUGAUAAAUAUGCCGACCUCUUGGUGUUCGGCUAUGCCUGCAAACUGUUUCCAGACGACGAAAAGGCUCUUUACCACGAACAGGGAAAACAUCUUAUCCCAUGGAUGGGGGACAAGAGCAUCAUGAUUGAUAGAUACGAUGGGCGUGGUCACUUACAUGACCUUUCAGAGUAUGACAGCGGAUCGUGGAAUACAUCCUACCAGCUAUCGGAGGAAGAGGACAGGAUUGAGGCGCUAUGUGAUGAGGAGAGGUACCUGGCUCUGCACACUGACCUGCUGGAAGAGGAAGCAAGACAAGAGGAGGAGUACAAACGCCUGAGCGAGGCUCUGGCAGAUGAAGGCACCUACAAUGCAGUGGCUUUCAAAUACAGCGCUGAUUACUAUGACCCCUCUCAGCCCACAGAGGAGGAGGAUGCUAACAGGGAAGCCGAAGAGGCAGAGCCCGAGGAGAGUGAGGAACCAUUCGUCGCACCCCCAGGGCUCACUAUCCCUCCUGAUGUGGAAUUGCCGGCAACCAUCAAGACCCACAACAUCAUAGAGAGGACAGCAAAUUUUGUAUGUCAGCAGGGGGCACAGUUUGAGAUAGUCCUGAAAGCUAAGCAGUCUGGUAACUCCCAGUUCGACUUUCUCCGUUUUGACCAUUACUUGAACCCUUAUUACAAACACAUCCUGCGGGCCAUGAAGGAAGGUCGAUACAACCUUGCCUCCUCCAGCAAGCAAGAGCAGACGCAGGACUCCCACUCUGAUGAUUCAGAUGAGGAUGGGGAUGGCAGUUACCUCCAUCCCAGCCUGUUUGCCCCUAAAAGAUGCUCUCGCCUGGAGGAACUGGUGAAGCCUCUCAAAGUAAUGGACCCAGAUCAUCCCCUGGCUGCACUCAUACGAAAAGCCAAGCAGGAGAGAAAUGGCACUGCAGCAAUGGCAGCCACACCAGAGGAAGCGCCAGACCAAGCUGUAUCCAGCACACCAGCGGAAUACACUACUGACCCAAAUGCAGCAGCAAUGUACUACGGGUACUACAUGCUUCCUGAUGGAACGUUCUGCUUGGCCCCGCCUCCUCCGGGGAUUGAUGCCAGCUCCUACUAUAACAAUGUACCUGCAGCUGUCAUGGCUCCCGCGACUUCUUCUGGGGCUUUGCCUAAUCUGGGAACAACACCCACUCCACUUGAAACUACCCCCAUGGUAGCACCAGCUACAACCCCUUCUCAGAUCACCAGCUCUGCUGUUCCUGCUGUUGUACCAGAAACCAGGUUAAAACCUGAAGCUCAAGUUUCCACACAAGCAGUACCAGCCAUCAUUCCUCCACCACCUGACAUCCAACCAGUCAUUGACAAGUUGGCCGAGUAUGUUGCAAGGAACGGUGUUAAGUUUGAGGCCAGUGUCCGUGCCAAGAAUGAUCCACGGUUUGACUUCCUGCAGUCUUGGCAUCAGUACAACACCUAUUACGAGUUUAAGAAGAAUUACUUCAUGCAGAAGGAAGGGAAAUGCUUUCUUGAGAACGAGACAGUAGAUGAUGAUGAGGACAAUCUUGAAUCAGACACAUCGCUCAAAGACUCCAAGCUGACAAAAGCCUCUUUUGCCCCCAUCUGUUUUGCCAUCAAGGCAAAGGAAAAUGACAUGCUGCCACUGGAGAAGAACAGAGUUCGACUGGACGAUGAUGAUGACUCCGACGAGGACAAGUUGCUGGAGGAGCAGGGCCUGGAGGCUGUGAUGGGCGGGGCUGAUACAGCUGACAAGGAGCCUCCUGCAGUCAGUGCACCAGAAGAGAAGAGACCGACCCUCACUUUGGAGGAGUUGGAGGCCAAACAAGCCAAGCAGAAACUGGAGGAUCGUCUCGCAGCUGCAGCCAGGGAGAAGCUGGCCCAGGCAUCUAAGGAGUCCAAGGAGAAACAGCUCCAGGCAGAGAGGAAGAGGAAGGCAGCGCUCUUCCUACAGACCCUCCGGAGCCCCUAUGCUGGGGAGCCUGAGGCCAAGAGGGCUGAGCUAGACUCAUCUGUACAGCUUGAGAUGCAAGAAGCCCUCUCCAUUUUGUCUGAUGCUGUACCCCCUCAACACUCCCAUGCACUACCUGCAUAUCCUCAGGAACAAAGACCUGCCAUAGAGAUCCAAGUAGCCCAUCGCAGCAGGGAGGCCCCAUCCUCCUCAUCGUCCCAUGCGACAUCCAGAGGAGCAGCCAGAGACCGAGACAGUGAUAGAGACAGGGAGAGAGAGAGGGAUAGAGAGAGAGAUCGGGACAGAGAUAGAGAUAGAGACAGAGAGAGAGAUAGAGACAGAGAAAAAGAGAGAGAUAGGGACAGAGAAAAAGAGAGAGAUCGAGACAGAGAGAGAGACAGGAACAAGGGGAGGGACAAAGACAAAAAGAAGAAAAAACAUAAGAAGAGGUCAAGAUCCAGAUCGAGGUCAAGGUCAAAGACGAAGAGCAAACACUCCCUUCCCAGUGCCUACAGGAGAUCCCGCAGGUCCCGAUCCCGCUCACACUCCCCGGGGAGAAAGGACAGGAGGGGCCUCUCGUCGGAGAGGAGACGUGAGGACAGAGAGCGUGAGCGCCAUCAUCCCAGCAGCAGCUCCAGUCUGCCCAGGGGGCAUUCGAGAUCGAGAUCCCCUCCUGAAAAAAGGAGCUCCUUGUCAUCCUCAGGACAGAUGCAACGUGUGGGUUCCUCUCUCUCCCCGUAUUCAUCACCCAGACGAGUUUUGUCCCCAUCAGCGAGCCCAGCCUCCAGCCUGGCCCACUCCAGGGGCGGUUCUCUGGAGAAAGACAAGGCAGUGUCUUCAUCCAUAGUAUCCUCUGUUCAGUCCAAAAUAACUCAGGAUCUGAUGGCCAAAGUGCGAGCCAUGCUUGCCACCUCCAAGACCUUCCAGCCUCCAAAUUCCUAAGCGGGGCGCGGCGUCCUCGCCAGCCGCGACCACCUCGGUGAACCAGUGGACGGCACUCUCCGAUUUCCUGGAGAUUUAAUUGGCCUGGAUCUGUUUCAUCUCCCCGUGUUUAUCCGUGAUUUAUUUUCUUUCAUCUCGACUUGGGGCGUCGGCAGAUUCGGUUUGGCUGCAGUGUGUCUUCUGCAGCAUUGUUAAGCGGCGACACGAAGGCAGUCGUCGAGCAGAAAUGUGUGGUUUCACACCGGACCUGAGAAAAAAAAAAAAGAGCUCAUCAGCCGGGAGACGGUGUCAGCAGUUGGCAUCUUUUGGGUGCGGGAGAAUCAAAUGUGAAAAUAAUCCAUGUGUUAUUUUUGCAUCCCGUUUUGAAACACUCAUUUUACUCCCACGUUCCUUUUGCAGCAUUACCUAAAGCUGGUGCGGGUCUGUAUUCUCUCCUUCUAUGAAGGGUUGUGUUGUUUUGAUCAUUUCGAUUCUGUCCUCCCUCAGCCACUAUUCUCCGCUGUCGUUUUCCCUCUCAGGUCCUCCCCCAACUGUCCUUUGUCUCCAGCGCCUCACACUUUCUGUUUGAGAAGCCGUUUUAAUUUUCCUCUCUGUCCUUCAGCUCUAGUGCGUGGCCUUCUCUUUCUGUUCCUGGUUUGUACUGUAAUUAUUAAAUACAGAACAACUUUGUAAUCCAGACUGUCAAUAAAGUUUCAAUUAUGAUUUA